UGCUUACACCAGGUGCACGCCGGCUGCGGGGAGCACAAAGCGGGGCGCACGGAGGGCGCGGGCAGCGAGCGGCGGAGCGAGGCGAGGCCCGUGCGCCCCGGUUUUGCAGCGCUUGCCGGGCGGGGAACCCGGGCCCGCGGCGUCCUCCCAGGCAGCAGCACCCGAGCCACCGCACCCCGAGGCGCCUAGGGCGCCUUUCUUGAGAUCUGGUCGUUCGCUGCCCCGCCCUCUGCACCCUAUUUCUUCUACCCUCUCUCCCAAUCCUGCCUGUCUCUACCGCGACCCCCGAGAACGGAAUUUAGCCCAGCCCCACGCAGCAGCUGUUGCUCCUGCGGCUGUCUCUCCUUGCGUCUUGGUGCUCUGCCGGGGGUCCCCCAAGGAGCCAGUGCGCGCUGCGGGCUGGGUGGAGGCGCUGCUCCUAUGGUCCUCAUCUCCCGCUGCUGUUGCUGUCACCGGCACCCGCUCCGUGCGCACCCCAACAACCCCGCCAGCCGGGCCUUAGGACACGUCUCCAGACUUUGAUCUUGGCCGACGUAACUUCUUCACGUACCUGUGCACAGGCCUGGAACCGCAUGACACGGUCCAAGGACUUCAGAUUGCUCCGCGCCUCUCGGGAAGUUCGGAAACACAGACUUCCCGACUCUGGAAUUCUAUUCAACUGAGACUCGCUUGAAUGUUUACACUAUCUGUUUGCUGUUCUACUCACCACUGAAUAGCGUUCAGAUCCUGGUCAGGAACUGGGCGUGUUCGUCAAGCCACCAUGGCCAGAUUGAGCGUUGGGAUAGCAGCUUGCAGAAUGGUGCUGGGCUUGCUGAUGACUUCAUUAACUGAGUCUUCCCUACUGAAUAGCGAGUGUCCCCAGCUUUGUGUGUGUGAAAUUCGUCCUUGGUUUACCCCACAGUCCACGUACAGAGAAGCCACCACCGUCGAUUGUAAUGACCUCCGCCUAACAAGGAUCCCUGGCAACCUCUCUAGUGACACACAAGUGCUUCUCUUACAGAGCAAUAACAUCGCCAGGACCGUGGACGAGCUGCAGCAGCUUUUCAACUUGACUGAGCUGGAUUUCUCCCAGAACAACUUCACAAACAUCAAAGAGGUAGGGCUGGCAAACCUGACCCAGCUCACGACCCUGCAUCUAGAGGAAAAUCAGAUUUCAGAGAUGACGGAUUACUGCCUGCAAGACCUCAGCAACCUUCAGGAACUCUACAUCAACCAUAACCAGAUCAGUACAAUCUCCGCCAACGCCUUCUCUGGCUUGAAAAAUCUCUUAAGGCUGCACCUGAAUUCCAAUAAGUUGAAAGUGAUUGAUAGCCGCUGGUUUGAUUCUACACCCAACCUGGAAAUUCUCAUGAUCGGGGAAAAUCCUGUGAUUGGAAUCCUGGACAUGAACUUCAGACCACUCUCCAACUUGAGAAGCCUAGUUUUGGCAGGAAUGUACCUCACCGAUGUUCCUGGAAAUGCCUUGGUAGGCUUGGAUAGCCUCGAGAGCCUGUCAUUUUAUGACAACAAACUGAUCAAAGUUCCUCAACUUGCCCUGCAGAAGGUUCCAAAUUUGAAAUUCUUAGACCUUAAUAAAAAUCCCAUUCACAAAAUCCAAGAAGGGGACUUUAAAGAUAUGCUUCGGCUGAAAGAACUAGGAAUCAACAACAUGGGCGAGCUGGUCUCGGUGGACCGCUAUGCCCUGGAUAACUUGCCAGAACUGACAAAGCUAGAGGCAACCAAUAACCCCAAGCUGUCAUACAUCCACCGUCUGGCUUUCCGAAGCGUCCCGGCUCUGGAAAGCUUGAUGCUGAACAACAAUGCCUUGAAUGCCGUUUACCAAAAGACGGUAGAAUCUCUCCCCAAUCUGCGUGAGAUCAGCAUUCAUAGCAAUCCCCUGAGGUGUGACUGUGUCAUCCACUGGAUUAACUCCAACAAGACCAACAUCCGCUUCAUGGAGCCCCUCUCCAUGUUCUGUGCCAUGCCGCCCGAAUACAGAGGGCAGCAGGUGAAGGAGGUGUUGAUCCAGGACUCAAGUGAACAGUGCCUCCCCAUGAUCUCACACGACACAUUCCCAAAUCAUUUAAACAUGGACAUCGGCACAACGCUUUUUCUAGACUGUCGGGCCAUGGCGGAGCCGGAACCGGAGAUCUACUGGGUCACUCCCAUUGGAAAUAAGAUAACCGUGGAAACCCUGUCAGACAAAUACAAGCUGAGCAGUGAGGGCACCUUGGAGAUAGCAAAUAUACAGAUUGAGGACUCAGGAAGGUACACCUGUGUUGCCCAGAAUGUCCAAGGGGCAGACACUAGAGUGGCCACAGUCAAGGUUAAUGGGACCCUUCUGGAUGGUGCCCAGGUGCUGAAAAUAUAUGUCAAACAGACAGAAUCUCAUUCCAUUUUAGUAUCCUGGAAAGUUAAUUCCAAUGUCAUGACAUCGAACUUAAAAUGGUCAUCCGCCACUAUGAAGAUUGACAACCCCCACAUAACAUACACAGCCAGGGUUCCGGUAGACGUUCACGAAUACAACCUAACACAUCUGCAGCCUUCUACAGACUACGAAGUGUGUCUCACGGUAUCCAACAUCCACCAGCAGACUCAGAAGUCCUGUGUCAAUGUCACAACCAAAAACGCCGCCUUCACGCUGGACAUCUCAGACCACGAAACCAGCACAGCCCUUGCCGCAGUAAUGGGGUCCAUGUUCGCUGUCAUCAGUCUCGCGUCCAUCGCGGUGUACAUCGCUAAAAGGUUUAAGAGGAAAAAUUACCACCAUUCGCUGAAAAAGUAUAUGCAAAAAACCUCUUCCAUCCCACUGAACGAGCUGUACCCCCCACUCAUUAACCUCUGGGAAGGUGACAGUGAGAAGGACAAAGAUGGCUCAGCAGACACCAAGCCAACCCAGGUGGACACAUCCAGAAGCUAUUACAUGUGGUAACUCAGUGGGUAUUUUGCUUCUGGUAGUAAGGAGCACAAAGACAUUUUUGCUUUA